AGGUCCGUCCAGAUCCCCCCCAAACCCUCCCUCUCCCCGAUUCAGAUUUUAGGGAAGGCUAGAGUUGCUGGUGUAUCGGUCAAUUGGGAUUCAGAUUUUGCGGCUAGAGUUACCAGUGGGUUCUAGUGUGUAUCAAUCAGUCGGGGUUCAGAUUUCAGGGCUAACGUUACAUCUCAGUUCUAGUGUGUAUCAAUCAGCUGACUAGUGGAAUGAAACCGUAGCAGCCGUAACACACUGAGUCAUUAACUUGUUAGUUUUAUCUAGAAGUCUAGGCACUAUUCAAGCCUCUGAAAUUUCUUGCUUGGGGCAGAUGAGUUUCCCGGAUUUUAAAAUGGCUGAAAGACAUUCCGAGCGGGGCAGGUAUUCCUGUCGCUAACACUCCCUCGAUAUUCCGUUUGCAGCGAGGAGGACAGGAAAUGGUUCAUGGAGGCGAUGCAGGCGAAUACAAUCGAUGUUGUCGGCAGGAUGAAGGAGAUCGCCCAGGUGAUGAAAACCCCUGAUGAUGUGUUGCAGUCUCACGGCGUGACUACAGAGAACAUUGAAGUGAACUGCAGGAGGAUGGGUGGAGGGCGGAGGGCGCGCUCACCGGUGCUUUGGCAUCAUGCUCGACGAGGAAGAGGGCUUGGCGUCGGGGACGUGAACCUGGCUGUGGCGUCGGAUGCAUGGCGUAGCUGGCGCAACUUCCUCUGGCUGCACGACGAGGCAUCUGGCCUCACAGCGAGGCAGGGCCCAAACUCCAUGACAACUUUCUUCCUCGGCGGCAGAUGAACCCUGUUGUUCAUGUUGAGGAGAUCAACCCUGUUGUGUAUUUUAUCUAAUGGUUUCAAACCAUGUUGUUCAUGAUGUGGAGAUGAACCCUGUUGGUCA